AUAUAGUAGUAAAGUUUUAGUGUAUUUACAUUUUACACCAAGAAAGCCGCGUAGCAGUUUCUUGGUUGUGAUUAUUGAAACGAGGCGUACAGGCGAACUUGAGAUGGUGACUAUGUAGAUCACAAAUUCGCGAACGAUUAUAUAUGGCUGAGGGAGGAGACCAUCACUCUAUACAGGAUGGUUCCGAUGCAUAUGUUGCCUUUACAUGUACACCGUGUAGUGAGGAGGGAACUAGUGAAGAGGCCGUCAAGUAUUGUCUGGAGUGUGACGAAUACCUUUGUACGACAUGCACGAAAUACCACCGUAAGGUGAAAACGUCACGUGACCACAAGCUUGUUGAUAGAGAAGAAGGAAAAAACAAGCCAAAGGUCGCUACGGUGACAACGAAAAUAAAAUGUCGACAGCAUCCGGACAGAGAUAUAGAAAUGUAUUGUGGUACACACGAUAUGGUCUACUGUUUGCUGUGUAUCGCCACAGAACACAGGACAUGUAAAGAUGUGUCUAGUCUAACAGAUGCUGCUGGCUCGAGCUUUCAUAAAAACGAAACUGAUCGUCUGCAAGAAGAAUCCGAGUCUAUGAAAGAGCUCCUGGUGGACAUGGAGAAAACGAAACAAAGGCAUGUCGUUUUACUUAAAGAGAAAAAAAAACACAUUCAAAGAAGAAUUCAAGAAAUAGAAGUAAGCAUGCUAGAGCACAUCAAAACCCUUUCUAAACAAGCAAAUGCUACCCUCGGCGAAACAUAUGCUAAGGUCAAAGACGAGCUAGAAUCAGAUAUUGCCGUGGUGAAUCGUAGAAGGUCUGAAGUGGAGAAGGUAAAUGAACAGCUCCAGUCAAAGACGGAUAAUCAGGAACAACGGUUUGUUAAAGUCAAACUUUGUCAGCAGAUAAUAAAUGACGCAAAAAACAUACAUGCAACAUUUGAAUCGGGUGGUCGAGUAUCAGUUGAGUUUGAGGAAAGUUCAAAUGUGAAGGAACAGUUCUUGGAGGUCAAAAGUCUCGGAAAUAUAGAACAAUUUCGUGUAGAUAGAAAGAAAGAAAUACAACGCCAAAAAGAGGUGAAUGUUAAAAUGCUAAACGACCAGGAUACCUGUUGGAUAAUUGAUAUUUGCAAGCUUGAUAGCGGACGUUUCAUUUUGGCAGACGUUUAUAACAAGAAAGUAAAACUAAUGGAUACAGAUCAUAAUGUGAUCAAUCACUUUAGUGUCCAAGGUCGUCCGACUGGCAUUUGUAAAAUAAGUCAUAAUGAAGUAGCGGUAAAGUUAGGUACUAACAGCAUAGAAUUGUUGUCAGUAGAUACUCGUAUUUCUAAACUUAGAAGUAUUUCCGUUAAACAAGGAGGUAAUUACAGGGGUAUGGCGUACACAAACGGGACGUUUUGGGUAGGGAAAUCACCAGGUGUUGACGUGUACGACAUAAAUGGGACAUUUGAAAAAUCUGUUGCAAAAUUUGAACCGAGCCAGAUGACUGUUUUUCAGAACUCUGUAUAUUUGACUGAUAACAGUGACGGCAUCGUCUGUUUGAAGAGCGAUGGUACGAAAAGAGCAGAAUUUCGAGACAGUAGACUGGAGAGUACAAGUGGUAUAUGUAUAUCGUGUGAUGGUACAGUAUACACUGUUGACCAUGUGUCCAAAAAGAUUGUCAUGUUCAGUCAGACUAGGAAAUGUCUGGGAGAACUGCUUCCCAGUAUCCCCAGUGGGAUAAUUCCAGAAUCGCUGUGCUACGAUGAUAAAAACAAUUGUAUAUUAAUUGGUAAUCAACCAUCCAAUACAGUUACUGUGCUUUAUUUAAGUGACUGAGAAUUAAAGAUAAAUAGAGUAUGAAGACAUGCAUGUACAAUAAAACAAACGCAAUUUAUUUGGAUAUUUACCGUUUCCGCGGGCGUUAUCACUGCAAUGCAUUAAUUAUAUCAAACCUGAUAUAGUAACCCUUAGCUGUAUUCGAAACUUUGUCAUAUUUGUUAAGUCUAUCCAACAUAUCACCAUGAUCCAUUAAUCCAGUAAAAUCAUGUAAAAUACUUCACAAAACGCGGAAAAUAGCUACUUUAGGGCAAAACAUAAAAGGGGCAUGAGACCUACUCCAAAAAUUCUAAUAUGGCUGAAAAAUCCAAUACGAAAUACCUGAUAUCAUGUAUAAUCAAUUAUAUAAUUUUGUGUUUAUUGCGGACAUUUUUACGGUUAAAUGACAUUGAUGAAAUAAUGUUUGUACAUACUUAUGCCUGUCAUGAUAUUCUCACUGUUGCAGUUUUACUGUAUUCGUCCAUUACAUUAUUCCCCUCCUGAUGGUACUUCUAAAUUAAUGUAGAACAAUCCGAAAGAGUAGUUUGCAUGUCUUAUAUGUCUUACAGGAACAUAUUGCUUAAAUUAAUGCAGACUAAGAUAUCCCGACUGCUUUUAAGAAUUAUGAAGUUACACGGGUCAUAUUACAAAUGUACACGAUUUCUCCACUUUCAUAGCUCAAAGGGAUGUCUUCGUUUAGAAGUUCCUAUUAUCACCUUUUAAGUUUUUCAAGCAUAUUUAAAUGGUAGAAAGAAUCCAACCAACGAUUAAUUUUAAACGAUUACCUUUAAAGUUAAUUAAGUAAAAUAUCUAUAACUUAGAGUAUGAGCUUUGAUAACUUCCUGCUUGAGGACAUUUGAAUCUUUUCUAUAAUAAUGAUGAGAUAUCCACUGGAGUCGUGUGUGCAUAUCUAAUAUGUGCAGCACAUGUUAGAAUAAGUCAUCGUGAGCCUUAAAGCAGCAUGCCUCCAGAUUUGGCUAAAAAAUAAUUUUUCUUUCAAAUUGAAGUCUGGUCAUAUUAUGAACAUUAGAAUAUGAAUUUUUGUUUCUAAAAUAUUUUAAAAGUUCCAAAUCAAGAAAAAAAUAUGACCGCGCCGGGAAUCGAACCCCGGACCGCCGCGGCAAUAAAGAUAUUUUCCCGUCGUCGUAACCAAUAGCGCUAUAGCUGAAGUAGUGAAUAAUGACUUCGAAAUAUAGAUAUUUAUAAUCGAGACAGUUUACCUGGAGUAAAAGCGUGACAAACGCUUUUCGAAUUUCGUAAAAAGUAGUAAAAACAGCAAAUUCUCAUGUGUUUCCGUAACAUAAAGUUUGUCAGUAAUUAAGUUUUAAAGCCUUCUUAAGAAAUAUAGCAUUUAUUUCAAGAUAUCUAAAAAAAUGUUUUGUUGUCGAACGAUCUGGAGGUAUGCUGCUUUAAACAAUGAUUUCACAUAAUACGUAGUAUGUUUUACCAGGGUUAAGUCAAAAUUACUUGUCAUAUUUUUUCUGUAUGGUUAUAAUAAAACCUAUAAUUAUCAUUCAUGUCAAAAAACAGAAACUGACAGAACUAAGUAAUAUAACAUGUGAUUAGAUGUUUGUUUUCAUAUCACAUUAGAUGACUGAAUGAGAAGAUUUGAAAUUAGAUUUUAUUCUCUCGAUUCUGACAAUUCUUCACAUUUCUCCUUAGAUAAUAAUCUCCAACUCUACCCCUCAUGCGUACACUCCUCAUUUCAAUUUAAGAAAGUUUUUACAUUAUUAAACAAGACCAGUAAACGUAAUGGUUUUACAGCUUUUCUCCGCAACACAUUAAUAUCUUCACCAUUUGAAUAAUGUAUGGUAACCUAAUAACUUUUUGUCAUAACCAUCGCCUAAACUGGAUAUCGAACUUGAAGUCGAGACUCCUACGCUCCACUUGAUUUGGUAAUAACUGCAAAUAAUACAGAAUUCUUCCUGAAAUCUGUGACAAUCUGCUCAUAAAAAUCUGUCAUCGAGGCUCGUCCGAAAUCAUUUCUUCGUAUGACCGACAGCUUCCACAAGAUCUUAUUACAGAUUUUAUAAACUGUCAUAACCUAAUUGCGGUGUGACGGCUGUAAAAUACUUUUACUUAGUACUGUUAUAUUUUAUGGGCCUUAUGGAUUAUCAUAGGAGUCUGUUUAACUAUAAUAGAUUUCCGCUAACGCCGGUGCUAGAAGGUAUGAGUGAUAAUCAUAAUGGCUAUUUAUUACCUCUCAUGAACAGGUCAUGCUGUCAUUUUACUUGGCUGCGUUCCUUGCUACCAAAUGUUUCAACAGCAGUCUUUAAUUCAAUGCUGGGUAGUGGUUGUAUAAAGUCUCCACGUACUUGCGCUUGGUGCCAUUAUACGAGUAUUUUCUGGCAUAUUAGGAUCAUGAAGUCCAUUCAGUUUUACUUCUAUUCCGAUUUAGCCAAGAGGCAUGAGAGGUUUUGUGCAUUUCAUUACAUUUCUUAGUGAAUCUUUUAACUUGCUUGGUCCAAAAGAUAUUCUUAUGACUUCUAUUUUCUUACAUAAGAUUCUUAUAUUUCCACAACUGUACAUCUGUAUGGUUAUUUAAGUAUCUGGUUAGUCAAGUUACUAUAGUUUGCCUUUACAAUUAUAGCAGGCUAUACAAUAUGUCAAAUAGUACAUAACAACUCGGUAUACUACAUGGAGAACAUCGCUUUUAAAAGUUUUUUAUUAAAAAACGCCAAAUGACUAAAUGCGUUACAAACAACGUACUAUAGCAAGUUUAGAAAAGUCAUUAACAAAUUCAAUGAAAUCAAAAGACAAAUUAGUUUUAGUCAUUUUAAUUUUUACAAUUUAUGCAUUUUAAAUGGUUUAGGGUAAGUUUCUUUGUUUGUAAUUGGGAGCUGUUUUAUUCCACGAAAUUAUCAACUGUACACAUUUCUACAAAUAUACUGAUGUUUAAAAAAUUACUUUGAUCAUGUAACAACAACAAAUCGAGGGAGAACCUGCAAGUUGUAUAUUGUGUUUCUCUUAAUUAGAGGUGGUUAAACAGGUUUUGAUCAAAUAACGUAUUUGGUCGAAAGUUUGAUAAAUUAUUAUCUAUAUUUAUUCGUAUUCACUGGCUGCUUAAUAUACAUGAUGGAAUUUCGCUUGAGGUAUUUUCAAAGUUUGAUUUUGUUGUCCUCGUUGUCCAACCAAGAUAGAGUUACUUUGGUAUAUGUAUAAAUUUAAUAAACAUACUUUGCCUAUGGAAUCAUGUGAAUAUAUAGAUUAUUGUAUUAUAUUUGUCAAAUAUUUACACUGACAAAUAUAUGUAUAGCCGAAAUUCAUUAGAAAUGCAAGUUUGUAAAAAUAUAUUUACCUCCCUUUACAUAUCUUGAUUGGGAAUUUAUGAAUUCCGAAGCUAGCACUGUUUUUAAAAACUUGUCUUUUAGUUCAGAAUGUUGAAAUAUCCUAAUAUCUAUCAAAUGCCAACGUAAAAUUAGAAACUAUAUUGAAAUCAAAAGCAAUACACUUUUUAAUACUUUGGUAUUAAAGAGGAGUCAUUACAAAUUUUCAUAAAAAAUAAUAAAACAUAAAUUUCUGAUAGGGAUCUGACUCUAUGACAUAAGCCAUUUUGUUUCUUGAAUAAAACUCGAUUAUAAUAUGCUUAGGUAUGAAAAAAAUGUCACAAAAUGUUGCUCAAAUGUGAAUAACCGCCUAGAAGCGGAAAGCAAUUUAAAAUUAGUUUUCGUUUUGUUGGGUUUAACGUCACACCGACACAAUUAUAGGUCAUAUGGCGACUUUCCAGAUUUUAUGGUGACGGAAGAUCCCAUUUGUCCCUUCAUGCAUUUCAUCACGGGCGGGCACCGUGAUAGAACCACCGACCUUCCAUAAGCCAGCUGGAUGACUUCAUCACAUGCAGAAUUCAAUGCCCCGAAUUAGACUCGAACCCACAUCGAUGAAAGACAAGUGAUUUGAAGUCAGUGACCUUAACAACUCGAUCAUUGAGCCCCCUUCAAGUUAGUGGUCACUACAUAACAAGAACAUGUACCCUGUCUAACUACACAAAGACAAAAUCGUAUGAAGUACCAAUACAUUUUAAUUUACCCUAAGUAAUAGCUUGUUUGAAACAAAGAUAAACAGACGGUUUUAACUCGAAAUUGUUAAGGUAGCGUAUGACUUAUUCCAUUCGCUAAAAUCUUCAAAAAAAAUGAAAUAUGUAUGAGCUUGACUGUAUGCUUAAAUCAAUAAAUUGUGUUCUGUUU